AUGCAAACACGUCAUGAUGCAGCAGUUGGUGUUCUUUUAAAAGGGCUUACUGGUAAAAUGGAUACACCAGAGAAUUGUAGAAAUGCAUUAGGAAGUCUUUGCCUCUACCUUUCUGGACUUUUUCCGGAACUAAGAUCUUUAUGUCUAUUUUGGCCCGGUACAUGCACUCAUCUUAAGAAAAUUGCAGAUGAGCAAUGUCAAAAUCUUGAAAAUGAAUUAGAAGCUGUAUCAGGUGAAAAUUCCAGUGAAGAAAAAUGUCAAUUAGUUGGAGAAUGUUCUCACGUUUCAGGUAAUUGUAAUGAUCAGGUGAAGGCAGACUGUCAAGAACUUACUACAGCAUGUGCAAAGAAUAAACAUGCAAAACGUUCACAAUUAGACGAAAUUCCACAUACAAAUAAGACUUUGGUGGAAGGUGUUUUCAAUAAAACACUUGAAGAGACAAGCGUUUUUAUACAAGUUCAUGAAGCAGUUAGUGAAGAACCACAUGAUCCUUCAUUAGCUCUUAUGCUUUUGGGUGAAAAUGGUCAUCAUCGUCAUCAUCAUCGUCACCUUGAAUCUCAAUGUCAUCGGCAUUUAAACAACUGUUCUCUUUACGAUACUGAUCCACUUAUCAAUGAGUUAUGUACAAAUGGCCAUGAAAAUUCUAAAGGAGAAGAAGCUUGUCACAAGUUUCCACAUAGACUCACUCGGCCUAGCAAUGGUUAUCUUGCUAAUCUUACGAACUUUUUUUCUCAAGGAGGAUCUGUUUUAGGAGAUACUGAUCCUUUCUCUCGUUUAUAUUCUGCUAAUGUUGAUGUGAGUGAAUGUGAAUAUGUUUAUGGACUGUGCUAUUUUUUUGGUCAUUAUGGAGGCAAACAUAUUCAAGAUGAAUGUAUUAAAUAUACAGCACAUUGUUAUGAAACUUCAUUAGCAAAAGCAGCUCUUGAACAUAUAUUGGGUAAAGAUUACAAUGAUUAUUCUAGCUUAACAAGUGAUUCGCAAUAUUGUCAAAAACAACUAGCCAAUAACUGUAAAAAAAUACCUCCUUCAGAUUUAUUUGGACUCUAUUAUUGUCUAAAACUUGAUUCUACAUGUGAUACUUUAGAAAGUGUUUCUGAAUCCCUAUAUCAAGAGUCGGAAGACUCGGAAAAUGGUCUCUUAGAAGAGGGUCCUUCAGAAAAUGAUGAGCCUUCAGAUGAUGAUAAACCUUCAGAUGAUGGAUCCUCAAAUGGAGAGCCACCGAAAAUUGAUUAA